AUGGGCCUAUUUACACGAAGUUCCAGUCUUCCCCCCGACUACAAGGACUCGGAGGCCAUUGCAUCGGACUACGCUAGCAGCCAAUCCUCCACCUCCGACCGCUUUCUCUCCACAAGCGAGCUUCAGGUAGAAGCCAUUGGAUACGAUACCAACCAAGCACUCAGCGGCCGCAAAACGCUAGAGAAUAUUUCUGUCUACAGCACGAAAUCCGGAGUACCUAUACAAGAAAAGUACACCUCUGUCCGCCUCAAGAGCAGUUCCAACUCGUGUGCGCUGGUGCGUCCAUCUGAUCCACGUCAGAAUGCUCUUAUCUCGACUAUCUAUCGCUGGGGCCCGGGAAGACAUCCCAGAAUGCAUAUCCUACCCCACGAUUCCAAUUUUUCGGUUAAGCAGGCUAUAGAUGAUGAUAAUCUAUGCGGAGAACUAGUCGAAGUCAAAGGCCGGUCGAUUAUUAGCCGUGCCCAGGUUUUCGACACGUCGUUUGGCAAAUUCGAGUGGCGCUACGGUAGUCGGGAAGAAAGAAAAGCCUUUAAUGCGAAUUCGCUGCUCAUUCUGGAGCGCAUUGAUCGCAUUGUAUUACCGAAUGGCACAAAGAUUAAGAGCGGCGCCAGAAUCGCUCAGCUUAUUCGAAACGACCAAUUCCGCACCCCCGGCUCUGUUAGGUACUCCGGAGGUAAUGGUGGUCGUUUAGUGAUGGAUCUGCGCAUGUGGGAGGACGAAAAGGAUGUCGACGCUGAAGGUGUAGAGGCUUUCUUUGUAGCGAGCUGUAUUUUGAUGCUGAAGAGAGAGGCGGAUCGUUUCAUCGAUAAUAAUAUCGCCGCCGUGACAUAG